CUCUUCUCUCAUCCACUUACUACCAAAAAUGGUGAAUCUAUUAUUAUCUUGUUGUAUCUUUCUUUUUUGGCUCUCACUGCAUUGUAUCGUGCCUUGCUUAGCUGCUGCAAAUAAAAAAAACAUUACCACAGAUGAAUCUUCUCUUCUAGCAUUCAAAUCCCUCAUUACCUCCUCAGACCCCAAUAAUUAUGUAUUGGCUAAUUGGUCAACCUCAUCUUCUGUAUGCAAUUGGGUUGGUGUCACUUGUGAUGAGAGACACAAUAGAGUCAACACCUUGAAUCUUACAAACAUGGGUCUUAGAGGUACUGUAUCUCCAAACUUGGGAAAUUUAUCCUUCCUUGUCAAACUUGACCUCUCCCAUAAUAGUUUUGGUGGUCAGUUACCUAAAGAGAUAUGUUCGUUGCACCGAUUGAAGAUUCUUCAUAUAAGCUAUAACCAGUUUGUUGGAGAAAUUCCGACAGCGUUAGGUAACUUAUCAAAACUUGAAAUUUUGUAUAUUGGCGCUAACAAUCUAAGAGGUUUUAUUCCCCAAUCGAUCGCCAACCUUCGUCAGUUGAAAAUUUUGGAUGCUAUGGCCAACCGGCUGUCUGGACCCAUUCCUCAAUCAAUUUUUAAUCUCUCUUCACUUGAAGAAAUGGGUCUAUCUUCCAACAACUUAUCAGGAUUUAUCCCUCAAUCCAUCGGUAUUUUUCCUCGGUUGAAACUUUUGUAUCUGCAUGCUAACCGGUUGUCUGGACUUAUUCCUCAAACAAUUUCAAACUUGUCUUCACUUGAAGAGAUAUACUUAAAGAAUAAUUACUUUUCAGGUCCAAUACCCGAGGACAUUCACUAUCUUGAUCAACUUGAGAUUCUCAAUUUGAAAAAAAACGACCUUAGUGGAUCUAUUCCAUCCAAACUCCUCAACAUGUCAUCACUGACAUUCUUGCAGCUUGAAGAAAAUCACCUCUCAGGCAUAAUUCCAUCAAAUAUGGGAUAUAGCCUUCCUAACUUGCAAGUGCUACACUUGAAUGACAACAGUUUUGUUGGAAAUAUUCCAAAAACAAUAUUCAAUUCUUCUAAGCUCAUUGAAUUUCAAUUAAAUAACAAUGCAUUCAAUGGAACUCUGCCCAAUAAUGCUUUUGGAAAUUUAAGGUUCCUCGAAGCAAUUCUCAUACUUAACAACAAUUUGACAAUAGAUGAUUCUCUUCAAUUUUUUACUUCCUUGUCAAAUUGUAGAUAUUUAAAAUAUCUAGAACUAUCAUUGAAUCCUAUACUUUCCAGUCUUCCUAAAUCUAUUGGAAACUUAACUUGCAACCAAUUUGGGGCAGAUUCAUGUGGAAUUGUUGGUAAUAUUCCCUUAGAAGUUGGUAACAUGAGCAACUUGCUAUAUUUAUCACUAAACGGGAAUAAUAAUAUAAAUGGACCAAUACCUGCUACAUUCAAAGGGUUACAAAAACUUCAGGUAUUAAAUCUUGCAAACAAUGGACUAGAAGGAUCAUUUAUUGAGGAGAUUUGUAAAAUUGAAAGUUUGGGUGAGUUGUAUCUACAAAAUAAUAAGCUUUCUGGAAUUUUACCAAUGUGUUUGGGGAAUAUGACCUCUCUUAUAAAGAUACACAUAGGGUCUAACAGUUUGAACUCUCGAUUACCUUCCUCUCUUUGGAGUCUUAAAGAUAUAUUAGAAGUAAAUUUGUCAUCUAAUGCAUUCAUUGGUAAUCUUCCACCUGAGAUUGGGAAUUUGAGAGCAAUUAUACUAUUAGAUCUAUCCAGAAAUCAUAUUUCAGGCAACAUUCCUGCAACCAUCGGUUCUGUAAUAACUUUGCAGAAUCUCUCCUUAGCGCAUAACAAACUGAUGGGAUCAAUUGCCACAUCAUUUGGUGAAAUGGUAAGCUUGAUAUCCUUGGACUUGUCCCAAAAUAUGCUAACAGGUGUUAUUCCAAAAUCCUUACAAUCACUUUUGUAUCUUCAAAACAUCAACUUGUCAUAUAAUAGAUUACAAGGAGAGAUUCCUGAUGGUGGACCAUUCAAAAAGUUCACAGCUCAGUCAUUUAAGCAUAAUGAAGCACUGUGUGGAAAUCCUCGCCUCCAAGUACCUCGGUGUGGUAAACAAGUUAAGAAAAGGUCAAUUUCAAAGAAGUUAUUACUCAAAUUCCUAAUUCCUAUACUUGUGUCGACCUUUUUGCUUGUUGCAUGCAUUAUACUUGUAAAACAUAAUAAAAGGAAAAAAGUUGAAAAUACUCCUGAAAGGGGUUUAUCAACUUUAGGAGCUCCAAGAAGAAUAUCCUAUUAUGAACUUGUGCAAGCAACUAAUGGAUUCAAUGAGAGUAACUUACUUGGAAAUGGGGGAUUUGGCUCUGUGUAUCAGGGAAAGCUUCCUGAUGGUGAGAUGAUCGCAGUUAAAGUAAUUGAUUUGCAGUCAGAGGCAAAAUCAAGGAGCUUUGAUGCAGAAUGCAAUGCAAUGAAAGAACUACGACAUCGAAAUCUGGUUAAGAUUAUCAGUAGUUGUUCAAAUCUUGAUUUCAAAGCACUGGUGAUGGAGUUCAUGUUGAAUGGAAGUGUGGACAAAUGGUUAUAUUCAUAUAACUAUUGUUUAAAUUUCUUACAAAGGUUAAACAUAAUGAUAGAUGUUGCAUCUGCAUUAGAAUAUCUCCAUCAUGUUUGUCAAAAAAAAAAAAUAUCUCCAUCAUGGUUCUUCAGUUCCAGUGGUUCAUUGUGAUCUAAAGCCCUCUAAUGUGUUGCUGGAUGAAAAUAUGGUUGCACAUGUUAGUGAUUUUGGUAUUGCAAAACUCAUGGAUGAAGGACAAUCUAAAACACAUACUCAGACUUUGGCUACUAUUGGAUACCUUGCACCAGAGUAUGGAUCUAGUGGAAUUGUUUCUGUCAAAGGAGAUGUGUACAGCUAUGGCAUUAUGCUAAUGGAAA